AUGGCCACUGCCACGCCUCUUCACGGAAUCCCCGAACCAUUCGAACUUCUUGAAUCACAGAAACAGCUUGCUGUCUGUGCCGCUGUAGCCAUCAUCAUCGGAGCUCUGUUGGUGAUCUGCGCUGAAACUUUUGAAAGGAUGAGAGCACGUUCACAACAGAAAGAAGCAUUGGAAGUGAGGGAUCGUAUGAUUAUUCCGCCUCGAUGUGAUGCAAAAUCUAAGGAUAUGGGAUUAACACAAGUACAAUCAUGGAGGGACUAUUUUACAAGAGAUGAACCAUUUGUUCCUACUCCAUAA